UUCAUCACCAAAAUGACAGAUUUAGAGGAACUAGAGAGAUCCCAAAAUUAUGUUCAACCAGAAAUAAGUAACACUAGUUCGCCAACUAAGGACUCAGAGGUCCCCCAGAUUAUAAGCUUACAUCCACAGAUGGUAAACAUGAGCUGUAAUUUUGAUGACUUUGAUAUCGACAGUCUGGCAGGUCACGAAAUGGACUCUCAAGAAGAUAUUGAGCCAGAAAAUGGUCAACCUGAAGAUAUUGAAAUGUACAAACCCAGUGACCAACAAGAAGAUGAUGAUUUCAGUGACGACUCUAGCCUUGACCUUUAUCAUCAUAACGAAGAAUUUGGCAAAGAGACAACGAUACUCAUCCCUGCUGAGCAAGUGAGGCUUUAUAACCAAGAACUAGCUGCAAAAGCACCACAAAGUUAUUCUCCCCAAAAUUCUGCUGUCUCUUGUACUAAUAAACUAGAGGAGACUUUGCAGGAGCCAAAGACUAAAACUCGUAAGAAGCCAGGAAGAAAGAAGGAGUACACCGGCCUCACUAAAAGAAAAGACGUCAUCAUUAAGAGAAUACUUCGAAAGGUCAAAGGGUUCUAUUGGAAAGGUUUUAACAAAUUUACCAAGUACAAUAGUAGGAAGAGAUCCUUCGAUGCUGAAGACUUUUUCUACAGCUGUGUCAGAGUCUACCUUACUCAUGAGCUUAAGUUUCCCUCCCCCAGUGUACCGAUGAUGAAGACCCUUGGUGAUAUGAUGUUAAUUAAAGCAGUAGGAGGUAAAGAAGACAAUGAAUUUUAUGAUACCUUGUACAGAUACAGUUAUCUCAAGUUCACUAGAUUAGUCAGGAACAAAUACUUCAGAUUCUUCGUCAAACUAUAUGCAAACAAAGUCGAUGCUCUCCAAAUGGACUCUGAUGACAGAAUCGGAUUAGAAAUGAUCCUCAACGAUUGCUAACUUAAUUAUUUGGUUUAAAACAUUAGAAAAUUCA